ACAAAGAGCUGAACGCUGAAUGAAGUGAAUCUGCCUCAGACUGCUAGAAUAGUGGAAACCUUUUUCCUGUCUCUCUUUCUCUCUCUCUCUCCGUCUCUUUUCACUCCCAUUUCCUCUUUCUCCAUUUUCACUCCCGUCUCUCUCUCACACGCGCUCCAUUAUAUGCUCUCUAAACCUCCAUCCAUCCAUCCAUGCACAGCCUGGUGAGGGAUCAGAGAGGGAAAAGCAACAGAUUAUGUUCUCUGAACCAAAUCCAGAAACCAGCUUCUGAGAUGAGACUCUUGUCAUCUUAAAUCACCAUCCUCUCCUGCAGGCUGGAUUGAAAGCAAAGAGACUUUGCAGAUACCCAAACAAGAUCUGUCUGAGAAGUCUGGACAUCGUCUUGACCGAGGAACUUGGGGAUUCAAAGUAAGCCAGGUCCACUGGGACUUCAGAGGAGACGUUUUCGAUUUUUCUCUCUUGUUCGUGGCUGGCGAAGGGGCCGGUGGAAGUUAGCCAAGACGCCGCGUGCCGUGCUCCGCGUGAAGAAUGCCCAGUCGCGCCUGCCCAAGCCGGCGGACACGGCGCCGACGCCGGGCCUGUACAUGGAGCGUUCGCAGAGUCGGAUCAGCCUAUCCGCUUCCUUCGAGGCCCUGGCCAUCUACUUCCCCUGCAUGAACUCCUUUGAUGAAGACGAUGCCGACCCUGAGGGUCGCCGGUUAAAGGGGAUUCAGAGAAGUACAGAGACGGGACUGGCUGUGGAGAUGCCCAGUCGCACGGUUCGACAGGCCAGCCAUGAGUCUAUAGAGGACAGCAUGAAUAGCUAUGGGUCAGAGGGCAAUCUGAACUACAGUGGGAUGUGUUUGGCCUCGGAUGCCCAGUUUAGUGAUUUUCUGGACGGUAUGGGACCGGCUCAGUUUGUGGGAAGACAGACUUUAGCUACAACUUCAAUGGGAGAUGUUGAGAUUGGUCUGAUGGAAAGAAACGGGCAGCUGGAGGUGGAGAUCAUUCAGGCACGUGGACUCAUUUUAAAGCCUGGAUCUAAGGGCCCUCCAGCGGCCUACAUUAAAGUGUACCUUCUGGAAAAUGGUAUCUGCAUCGCCAAAAAGAAGACAAAAUCUGUCCGGAAAUCGCUAGAUCCCCUUUACAAUCAAGUCCUUGUGUUCUCCGAAAGCCCACAGGGAAAAGUUGUGCAGGUCAUUGUUUGGGGAAACUACGGCCGGAUGGAUCGUAAAUGCUUCAUGGGCGUGGCACGCAUCCUAUUGGAGGAGCUGGAUUUGACAAACAUGGUGAUCGGCUGGUACAAGCUUUUCCCGACUUCUUCUAUGGUUGACCCCACAAUGGCACCAUUGAUUCGACACUCAUCGCAGCUCUCUCUGGAGAGCAGUGUGGGACCGUGCUGCGAACGUUCCUAAGACUACUAACUUAACCUGGUUUAUUUUUCUCUGAAAGGGCUCUCGAAGCCCUUUAUCCUAAGAGUGCUGGUUGUGCAUGACUGCGGCGCUGAAACCCUCUGAAUUUCCAAGAACAGAAAACCACCUGGAAAAUUCCAGUUUUUGUCACAGGAAAUGAGGAAAUGUUCUCGUUCAGCCUCUGGGAAAAGACUUCAGGACAGACCAAACAUCUAGGCUUUAUUUUAGCUUUACACAUUAGCCUGUGGCGGUCUGUGUGUCUGUAGAGGAGGAGACGUCCUCCGGUUUAGACGCAAAGGUUUGUGCGCUCAUCGGUUUGAACGCUGCAACCUGUUUAUUUUUAUUACCGUAUAGGUUGAACGGAUGGGUUUGUGCAAUAUGACACAUUAUAGAUGAAUGUAUUGUUUAAAAGUGCGGGUUUAUAUUCAUUUUCUUGCAUUAUUAACGAUAAAGAAAUAGAUAUUUGUCUUUACAAGAUUUAAUAUGUAUAGUUCGAGGAGUCAGUGUUUGUGGUUCAUGCUUUUGUUUGUCAUAUCACUGAACGGUGCCAAUGCUACCAGCAAGUGGCUUUACUUUGUAGUUAGUGACUAGAUGCUUUACAAAAAAAAUAAAAUAAUAAUUUAGGCAGACAAAAAUAUUUUAAAAGACAGAUACUAGUUUUACACAAUCUUUACCGAUGUUAAAACAUACACUAUUUUUCAUUAUGUUGUACGUUGUACAUUCCUAAUAAAUUAUGGAUAAAGAUUAUUUUAGAUCAAUAAGACUUUAAAACGUUAAAAAUAUCUAUCAACAAAACGGUGCUGGUAGAUUUUAGAACUGACACCAGGCGGAUUGAACACUUCCUGCUAAUCGUCCAAUCGGCAAACAGUUUUUAUCAGAUCUCAAAAUCUAUCACCAAUUAUAAAUUAAUCAUUUAUGUUUGCACUUUAUAAUCUUAAAUUUCAUAUUUAACUGCAAGUUUGGCAUGAGUCUUUACUUUUCUUCUUCUUAUUCUGGUUACAUCAGGAGGCAGAAUUUUUAAGUAGCAUUGAUACGGUCGUAGCAUUAGAUAGUAGCAUAGGCAUGAACGAUUUAAUAAGAUUUUGCAUGGAAGGGGUAUAGACGACUUUAGAGGCAACAAUGUAGCAGCAGAUGAUCAAACAUACUGUUACAUUGCACAAAUCGUACUGUGUGCCAUUAUGACGCAAAAAAGUGUCUGGUUUUUAUAAACGCAGGUGUGUGUUCUUCUCACAUGUCCUGAAAAUAUGAUAUGCCAGCAAACUAAAGGGAAGAAAGCAGAAUUCUGCAUAAAUGAAGAUUUAUAUAAAAUAUAAAAAAUAUGAACACUUUUUAAUAGAAAUUCUUGAAAGAUUGUUUCCAGUUUAAGAAGCUUUGGAUUCAUGCUGAAAAGUAUACCUCAAUUUAUCGUAACAUGAUCACACGUGAAGGCCAUAUAGAAAACACUGCCACAUUAUUUUCAAGAAUUAAAUGUUUAUUGUCUUUAAAGCAAUAACUUGUCAAUUUUUCUUGCUCGCUUUAUGUUUUAUGGGAGUAAAGCCAGAUUUUUCUCUGCAUUGACAUCGGUAACUUCUGCAUCCAUGUAGCAAUACUUGGUUUUCAACAAAGCAGUGAAAAACAUUUACAUUUUUGAGAAAUUAGUGCCAAAACUCAUAUAUGUGCUGGGCUUAUACGAGUGAAUGGUUUGGAAAUUGCUCAGAAAUUGACAAUGUAAACUGUAAAAAAUCCUACAUUUUUAAGAUUAAUAAUAAACUUGAAUUUACAAUUAAUUUCUAAUGAGGAGUUGCUAUAAAUUAUGAAAAUAAAGUGGAAAAUUACUAAUUCCACUUAAUAUUUAUAGUCACAAAUCUAGGAUUUUUUACAGUGUAGAUUUGUUAACCAUUGAGUAUGAUGUAUAUUAAUAUACAUCAGUUUAAUAUAUAAGAAUUUCAUAUGUUUUACUCUUAUUCUUAGAAGUCAAUGUCAGUCACUGUCUGAAAAAUUCAAUAUGAUUCAUGUUCAUGUUGGUCGGUUCAUUGUAAAUAGACUUGGAUAUACAAUAGUGGGCAAAAUUAAUGGUAGUGAAUUUGCUGAGCGAAGGUUUUUGGAUGUUAGAUAUUGAAAUUUCUAGGCUUUAAUACUUUGGCUUAGUAAUACGAUUAUCUUGUAUGUAUCAAGAUGUGAUCAUUUGAGAAUUGGAUACUUGUUGCUUCGAAUCCACCCCAUUUUUUGGCACCAGAUGUUCUAGAAAAUAAAAACAUUUUUAAUUUAUUUUUAAACGAAUAGGAACUGUUUAUGUGAAGCCUUAAUAACUUGUAAACCAGAGGUCUUAACAUGAUUCCAAUUGCAUUGAGGAGAAAGAGACAUGCAAGAAUGUAAUUCAGUUUUUAUUGUAUUUUUAUUGUUUACUGUCUUUUUCUUUUCAAAUAGUUUUUUUUACCAUAUCAACUGCACUUGUUGGGGUUGAUAUGGCAAAAUAAUAAUCUUUUUCUUUUUAAAAUUGGAUGGUGGGAUAUUUUUCUUUAUCAUAAUCCUUAUUUAAUUUAUAAAAAACAAUUCACUGUUAAUUAAUGCACAAUUUGGUGUAUUGUUACUCUGUUGAAAAUGGUUAAAGGAAUAAAAUGGCUCACUCUGAUUUACAAAACA